GUGGCCGGUAGUGCAUCGCUAGCGAGCAACAUGCCCAAGUUUUAUUGUGAUUACUGUGAUACUUACCUGACCCAUGACUCUCCAUCUGUGAGGAAAACCCAUUGCAGUGGUAGGAAACAUAAAGAAAAUGUGAAAGACUACUAUCAAAAAUGGAUGGAAGAACAAGCACAGAGCCUGACUGACAAAACAACGGCUGCAUUUCAGCAAGGCAAAAUUCCACCUACUCCAUUCUCUGCGCCACCUCCAGGAGGAGCUAUGAUACCACCACCACCUAAUAUCCCGGGUCCUCCACGGCCUGGUAUGAUGCCAGCACCCCACAUGGGUGGCCCUCCAAUAAUGCCAAUGAUGGGCCCACCACCCCCGGGAAUGAUGCCAGUCGGCCCUGCUCCAGUAUUGAGGCCGCCCAUGGGAGGACACAUAUGCCAAUGAUGCCAGGGCCACCUAUG